UGUCGCCCGGGCGGCUCGGCGGCGGCCGCCGGAAGCGGCGGGAGGCGGCGUGGGACCGGCGCUGAGGCGGGUUCGUGCCGCCGGAGCGGGCAGCGGCGGAGCUCCAGCCCCUUCCUUCCUUCCCUGCCCUUCCUUCGCCUCGCUGCGACGGCGAUACCCAUGAGCGGCUUCCGAGCGCCCGGCGGGCGGCCGGCGGCGACCCCGGUGCCAACCUGCCUGCUUCUGCUGGGGCUGCUCCUGCCCGGGCUGCUCCCGCCCGCUGCCGCCGGCGGGGGACGCGACCCGGAGGCUGCGGACGGCGGCGGUGGCCGGCGGGGCGGGCGAGGAGGCGCCGCCGCCACUGCGGCGGAGACGGCGGCGGUCGUGACAGAUCCCUGCAGUUCACUCAGCCCACCGUGCUUUACUGAGGAGGACCGGUUCAGCCUAGAAGCUCUCCGCAUGAUCCAUAAGCAAAUGGAUGAUGACAAAGAUGGUGGUAUUGAAGUAGAUGAAAGUGACGAGUUUCUAAGGGAAGAUAUGCAAUAUAAGGAUGCCUCUAAUAAACAUAGUCAUUUACACAGAGAAGACAAACACAUCACUAUUGAGGAUCUGUGGAAACGCUGGAAAACAUCUGAAGUCCAUAACUGGACCCAAGAGGACACCCUUCAGUGGCUGUCAGAAUUUGUUGAACUGCCUCAGUAUGAAAAGAAUUUUAGAGACAGCAAUGUCAAUGGAACAACACUUCCCAGGAUAGCAGUAAAUGAACAUGCUUUCAUGAUCUCUCACUUGAAAAUAAUUGACCGGAGCCAUAGACAGAAGCUUCAGCUUAAAGCCUUGGAUGUUGUUUUAUUCGGACCUCUCACCCGUCCCCCUCACAACUGGAUGAAGGAUUUUAUAUUAACAGUUUCUAUAGUUAUUGGGUUUGGAGGCUGCUGGUUUGCAUAUACACAGAACAGAACCUCAAGAGAACAUAUCACAAAGAUGAUGAAGGACUUAGAAAGUCUCCAAACAGCAGAACAAAGUCUUCUUGACUUGCAGGAAAGGCUUGAGAAGGCACAAGAAGAGAAUAGAAAUGUUGCUGUGGAAAAGCAAAAUCUGGAGCGCAAAAUGAUGGAUGAGAUCAAUGAUGCAAAACGGGAAGCUCAUCGCCUAAGGGAGUUGAGGGAGGGAGCUGAAUGUGAGCUCAGCAGGCUCAAAUAUGCAGAGGAAGAGCUAGUACAGGUUCGCAUGGCUUUAAAAAAGGCUGAAAAGGAGUUUGAGCUGAGAAGUAAUUGGUCUGUUCCUGAAGCUUUGCAGAAGUGGCUUCAGUUAACACAUGAAGUUGAAGUACAGUAUUACAAUAUCAAAAGACAGCAUGCAGAAAUGCAAUUAGCAAUCGCCAAAGAUGAGGCAGAGAAAAUAAAAAAGAAGAGAAGCACUGUAUUUGGAACGUUACAUGUUGCACACAGCUCCUCCCUGGAUGAAGUGGACCAUAAAAUCCUUGAAGCAAAGAAAGCCCUCUCUGAGCUGACGACAUGUUUGAGAGAGCGUCUUUAUCGAUGGCAACAGAUUGAGAAGAUCUGUGGUUUUCAAAUAGCACACAAUUCUGGGCUACCAAGCUUGACCUCCUCUCUCUACUCUGAUCACAGCUGGGUAGUUAUGCCUCGAGUUUCUAUUCCUCCUUACCCAAUUGCAGGGGGAGUUGAUGACUUGGAUGAAGAUACUCCUCCAAUAGUUUCACAGUUUCAUGGGUCCAUUGUAAAACCUCCCAGCACACUGGCAAGAAGCAGUAGCUUGUGUCGAUCAAGACGCAAUGUUGUGCCAUCAUCUCCGCAGUCUCAGCAUGCUUUGCAGUCCCCUGACCCUGACAUCCUUUCUGUGUCGAGCUGCCCCGCUCUUUAUCGAACUGAAGAGGAGGAGGAAGCCAUUUACUUCUCUGCUGAUAAACAAUGGAUCAAAAGCAAUGUCAGCUACUGGGCGAAGAGAAGAUGGAUGGUAACACAAUUCUUACAGCAUGUUGAGCGUGUACCUACUCUUGUUACAUGGCCUCAUAGGAAAAGGUUAAAUUCCUUUUGGAAGGAGCAAAUGAGCUUGUUGAAAGGGAAAUACAGGAAACAGGUUCGGAAUGUGACUCCUUAAAUUCAUCCACCGGAAGGAAGCAGUCUCCUCCAGCAAGUCUUGAGAUCUACCAGACACUUUCUCCUCAGAAAAUAUCCCCAGAAGAAUUCUCACUGGAGGAAUCAUCUACAGGAGACUCCUCUUCUCUAACUGCAGAUAUCUCUAGGGGCUCUCCUGACUGUGUAGGCAUGGCAGAAACUAAGAGCAUGAUCUUUAGCCCUGCAAGCAAAGUUUAUAAUGGAAUCCUGGAGAAGUCCUGCAGCAUGAAUCAGCUUUCAACUGGGGUCCCACUCCCAAAGCCUCGGCACACCUCAUGUUCUUCAGCCAGCAGUGAUAGUAAACCCAACCAUGAAGCUGCUUCUGUCCCUAGGAUAAGUAGCAUCCCGCAGGACCUGUGUCAAAAUGGUGAAAAAAACAAAAAGCCAUCAAAAAUAAAAAGCCUCUUCAAGAAGAAGUGUAAGUGAGGUGGGCAGAAGAAACCUAUAGUAGUGUUAUAAGAACUCUAUUUUUUAAGUCUUAGGAAUGUAAUUCCAUUUGAGUGUUCCAGACUGGUUGCCCUAAUGGAAUGCUCUGUAGGUCAACUAUAUUUAACUGACUGUACUGUCAAAGGUUGUGCCAGCUGUUAAUGAGAAAUCAUUAAAAGUUCAGACAGUUUACAUUAAUUUCUGCCUAUUUAUUUCCUUUUUUUUAGUUUGUCUUUUUUUAGUGGUUUUGUUUUAAAUUUUUGUUUUCUUGGUUUUUUUUUUUGGUUUUUAGUUUGUUCAUAAACUAUUUUUAAGCCACUUUGGACUUCUAAGCUUUAAUGGACUAGUAAGCCUUCCUGGGCUUGCCAAAGUUUCUUGUUUACUGGAGCAUCUUCCUAUCUUUCCGUAGAGCUAGGACAUGUAUCUACUGGACUUUAAGAAAAAUAAAAGUAGAACUAAUUGAAUUGCACUACUGUUUUACAGACUGGAAAAGUCUCUCUGCAAGUGAAACUGAAAGACUUGUAUUUGACUGAGAAGAUGAAUCUUUUCACUUUUAGAUCUUUUGGGGUUUUUAAGUAGAACUUAGGAUUUCUAAUUGACUUGAUUUCUGGAAAUGGAAAUGCCAUGCUUUUAUUAUUAGAAUGGUUCAAGUCCUGCUGUAAAGAUCAUGUUUUUUCCAGGACUUUCACUGUGAUUUUACUUCACUGCAGGCUGUAUGAUUAAAAAAAAAAAAAAAAAAAGAAAAAAAAAAAGAAAAAUAACAAGAGAAGAGGCUUUUAAUUCCUUAUGCAAGUGAUGGAUAUGAAACUUGACCGAGGACUGAAAACAUUCACCCUCUUAAAAUGAGGAGGGAGAUAGUAGCUUUUGUUUACAGACUGACAGACAAUGGACAUUUGGUUUGUAAAAGUUUGUACUGUGGUAAAGACAAUAAAUUGGAAACAUUGUGUUGGGAAUGUUCUAAUUUUAGCUGAUGCUUGUUUCAGAGGUCCUGUUAAUUGAAAGCUGUUGUAGGCUACAUUGCUUAUGCUUAUUACUGCUGUGUAUAAGUUAUAUUUUUUGGACUAGCUAUUAAUGUCUUAAUGUCCUCCUUUUGUAAGAUUUCAUACACUUUAUUUUUGUAUAGUUUGAAGAUUUAGCUGUUCAGCCAUGUCUGAAGUAAAUGGUAUAAUUUUAUAAUGCAUACUGUUAUACUAAUUCAUAAUUUUAGAUAUAAAGAUAGAUAUAAAGGUGAGACUCUACAUGCUUUAGAUAAAAGCACUUUUUAUGUUAAGCUUUUAUAGGGAGAGAUGAAAAUUGAGGUAACAAGGAAGCCUUCUUAGAGCAACAGUAGCUAGUUAUUCAAAAACAUAUUUUAAUUUUUUUUUUAAAACAGUUGGAGACAACAAAUGUACUGCUUGAGUAACAGUGCCUUUUAUUCAGUUUGAAAAUACUACUGAGCGGAAUUUCUUUUGAGGUACAUUCCAAAGAAAUACUUCUUGCUCUAGUGAACACAAGCAAUUUACCCAGUGAUGACUAAAUAGUUUCAGCUCUUCCAUAGGAGUAUUCUGGUUGCCUCAGUAACAGGUGCCACUGCCAGCAACCUGUGAUUAGGGGCUUCUUGCCAAUAUGUACAUGCUGUACUGUAUGAAAGAAUUAAUUCACUGACUGCCUAAAUUUUUUUCUAGUAAGAAGCCUUCAAAACCUGUAGCUAACUGAAAUCAAGUGAUACAUGUCUUUUCUAUAAUUUUCUAUUUAGGUUCCACUGUACAUACCAAUGUGUUAGGUCUGUCCUCAAGAAGUGAUGGCGAUGUUAACAAAAGCAUAUUUUAUGGCUAGUGAAAUGGUUUGAAGAGGAGGGUUAGAAAAUGUGAUAGAGACCUUGCAUGUACAAGUACCUUAAAUGUCCUGGUACAUUGAUUAAUUCCUUAAGAGAGCAGAAGGAAUCCGGAGUAUUACUGUCAGAAGGUAACAGUGGUCUCUGAAGAAAGAUUGUACACUCUGUGCAUGGUAGACAAAAAAGACCCCCAGCAAUGCAAAAAAAACUUGUGCCAGAGAACCACUUCAAUGCUGAACAUUCAGAGUUGUAGUUAAAAGCCUGAUGAAGUACUUGAACACAUACAAAGGGAAAAAAACCUACGUAAAAGUAGGGAACUUACCUUGCCUCCCAAGCAGCACGGAGAAGACUACUACCAGAAAAAUGUUCAAUUUUGAUGUCUGCACUUGAGAAGGCUAUAGCAAUAACAGAGUUUAAAGUUAGAUCUGGGGCUGGAUAGUAGAUAUUGCUGUGUGAGGUUUGAGGAACUAUGUCUCUAUCAUUACCAAAGAUGAUGAAACAGCGUCUUGAUACUGGAGAGUAAAUAUUUACACAUGGAAGAAAUUACCUGGUGUUGAGGAGUGGGAGGACAGCACUACUUAAUCCUGACGUAAGCCAGGCAAGCUCAAAUACUGAGAAGCCAAAACAGACAAAUUCGGUUUUCUGUAGUAAGUAUAACUAAAAAUUGAAAUGGAAGAGGUGGUGUACUCUUCACUGGCUGUGAGUUUAAGUGUUAAUUAUCUUUUUAAAAUACACAAUUUAAAUGUCUUCUGGAAAAAAAAUGCUAUGGCUUCCUACAAACAAAUCAAUAAGAUUAUCAUAGUGUUAACAGAUUUUUUGGCUUCAAAAUGGCAAACCUUUGGAGCACAGACUACUCUCAACACUCGGUUUGUUACCAGCUGUCCUGUAACUUUAUAGCUGCUAAUAAUAUUAUAUUUAAUAAUUAAUAUUAUAGAACUAAAAGCUUAAGUUAAUAUGAUCAGAAGUGGUGAGGAUUGUAUGUUGGAGCACAGACUGCAAUUUUAAGUUCAUAGAGUUGAGGGUGGGGUUAAAUCAUUUUAAUAGACCCCUUGUGGAUCUUGCCACUUAAACUUGUCCCCAAAGUGACUUGCAUUGCUUGUACUAUGGCUACUGUAGGAAUGCUCAUCUUCCGUUAGCAUCCUGCUGAGAGCACUGACUGUCAGGUAGACAGAUCCUCACCGGCAAACGUCAAAUCCAGUCUUAAUGUUGAAGUAUCUGGCAUAUGUCAGCAGCUCAGAAGUGAGACGAUAUGCAUUCAAAGGUCCUCUGUUUUUCCUCCACUUGCUUAAUGGUGUAACAUGAACUGGCUUGCAGUCAGUGAAUCCAGCCAGGGUUCCAACCACUGGGAUUUCUAUAAGACAUGUCAGUCAUUCAAGACAAUCAUCUAGUGUCAUCAUCUUUAAAUGGCUGGGGAAUUCCUAAGCUCUAAACUCAGAAUGGUUGUGAUCAGAGGUGGGUUGGUUUUUUUUUUAGUUUCUGUUCUCCAUGUUCUAUUUUAAAUUCUCCAGUAUUUUUCAGAAGAUGAGGAUCUUGCUUUCUUGAAAUAUUUUAAGAGUACUUUGUCAGGAGAGCAGCCCUUUGUGGAAACUGCUUAAAAGGCUUCUCCCUGAAGAGGUUACCAUUUGAGUCUUUCACCUGUAAAAGCAGCUGUCAAGUGGUUCUGCAUGAAGAAGAAAAACCCAAUACUUCCAAAACUGAACAAACCCAAACCUUUCCACAAUUCUUACUAAAGCUAUGUGAUACUUCUUUCCUAAUAGUGUAAAAAUUUUAGGAAAGGAUUUCUGGUUGCCAUGGGGAAUACUUUUGACCAGCUUAGAGUGGACAGGGAAGUAGAUUCUUUUUCCCUGCUCAGGGAUGGAAUCUAAAAUUUCUCAUAGGCAGUUCCAUGCAUAUGUCAACAUCUCUUUCCCCACCUCACUGGUACCUAGGUAGCAGUUUACCCUCCACUUUCUGGUGGGCAGUUUGCUGAAAGAGGGAAGAUUCUCCAUCAUAGUUCAGGUAGUAAUGUUAUAAUAAGAAUACAGUUCCUCAUUUGGAAGCCUUGAAGAUUGUGAAGCCAAGGAUACUUGACUUCAGUUUUCUUAUAUUUAUGGAUGCCAGCUUGAAUUGGUCAUUAAUUUAUGACUGAUUGAAAGCCUAAAAAGAUAAAAUUUAUUAGAAAUUGAAGCUUUCGAGAUUUUUGCCCUUUUGCUUCCCAGUAUAUGGGAAAAAAGCAUGCAUAGGAGAGAGGUGAGCUUUAGCUAGCAUUUCUCGUACUGCCGGUUUAGAGCUUCAGGAUAGUUUCAUUCCAUUUCUAAGAUACAUUGCUGGAGAGGGAUUAUUACCUUAAUUUUAUAACGUGCAAAGAAGCAUUUAUUUUUCAUUUACAAGCAGGGAAGAAGAAUGUAAAUAAACCGAAUGCUUAAUUUUUUUUUUUUUUUUAAAGCCAAAUAGAGGAAUUACUGAUUCUUGGACCUCUUUUACUAUUUGCUUAUCUCCUUGUACAAUAUAUUAAGUAGGAGGGUGCACAUUGUUUUCUAACUUGUUCCAGUUCCACUGACUAAAAUGAUGCAUUACUGUUUCAUGUCUGAAACACUGCUUGCUCUGAAUUGCUGUAGGCAUUUUAAUCCUGGAUGUUGCAUCUUCACUGAGUAAUGGUUAAACCUUCUAAGGCUGUUUGAUUCAAAGUGCUGGUAAACUUUUCUACUAGUGACUUAAACACAGAUGUUGGUAUAACCAAUAACCAAAAAAGGCUUUUGCUAGUAGAGUCUGACUGCCCGACAGCAUGUAAAUGUUUAGGUAAUCAUUCUUUGGGGCUUCAGUAGCGUUUUCAACAGAUAGCUUUCCCUUCCAGCCCUGUAGAGAUGGUGCUGAUCUGAAUUUCCACUUAGUCCUGUCUUGCACAAACAGAAUGCACUGAUUCAUAUAAAUUAUAACAAUAUUAACCUUUGAAUUGUUAUUCCCAGUUGCUCUUGCAUCUGACAUUACUUAAGCAAGAUGGCAGUACUUAUCAGCCCACUUCAGUCUUUCAGAAAUAAAAUGAUUUGUGUUAUCUUUUUUCCUUUACAACUUUGAAUCUCAAGUUUACCAAAUUAUGUGUGUUCUGUGUAUUUAAUUCUUCACUGAAAUGGAAGUGGAAGGUUGGUCUCUGCUUAGAUGUUAAGGAAAGCACAUCUGAGCAAGGUAGAAAGAAAUUCCUCUUGCUCAUUAUAGAGGAUGAAAAAAGAGUUCAGAGGUGUUUCAUCUGCUCCUAUAUCAGAAGACUAAGGAAUACUCACAACUUACAUUGCUGAAGAUGAGAGGUAUAUUCAGUCUCAAAGCUUUCAGAUGAGUAACUCUUUACCCAAGGAAAAAAACCUUUCUUCUUUAGACGUACUCUGCAGGACAUUACCUUCAUAUUUCUAUUCCAUUUUUGACCCAGCAUUAAAUUUCAUAGUUAGCUUAUGUGAUUGCUGGACCUCAGACCAGUUUCAGGUAAUGGUUUCAGUAGCAUGUCUUAAAGUCAAUUUUGGUUUAAUAUGCACUAAAGACAUCUGAAUUAAGACUCUCCUUUACAUUCCUUUCAAUUAAUUUUGGUUCGUUGUGAUCCCUCUACUGUUAAGUAAACAGGUACUGAAUACAACAUUUUUUUCAGCUGAGAAUUACCAAUAGAUAAGUGGUAGAUAAGUUACUUUUUGUUUGGAUAUUGUUGUAAAAACACUGCUGUACUUGAGUUAAACUAGGUAGAGCGCUGACUUGUGCAAUUUGUGUGUGAGUGGUAAGUUUAUCUUUCUUAAUUUUUCCUUUGUGUUUUACUUUUAUCUUGAUGCUGCACAAUUAUUUUCAAACUUGAAUUCAUUUAAAAUUAAGGUCAAUAUGUCUAGCCCUACAAAAGUCAGUCUUCAAUUGUAAGCCAUCAGUCCAUUCUUACUGAAAUGAAUUUAAAUCUUGAAUAUUUGUACUAGUUUAUUAGCUUGUUAGGUGGUAGAAUGGGCUCUUGGAAGUCCUCAGGUGGAAGGCAGAGAACUUCUGAAGUGAACCAGGUAACUGGCAUUCUUUAUCAGCAUUCAAAUCCAUCUCCCAGUAAGACUGAGUCUCCCCAGGGGAAUGUAGAUGUACUUACUGCUUGGAACUUUGUAGUUAAUUAUAUUUGGCUAUCUAAAUCUAAUAACUUGCAUGUGCGCUUUGCUUGCUUGCUUUUCAAUAGCUGACGAGCUAUAGGAGAUCUUGGGGGUUUGUUUAAAAAAAAGACUGGCAAGAGAAAUCUGUCAGGCUGUGGACUGACUAGAACCAACAAAGAUCCCAACUUUUUGUGGAAAAUAAUUGUUUAAAUAGUUCUUAACGAAAUGGGUAGCAUGUGUAUUUUCACACUGCUUUCAUCCAAGCAACAAAAACAAUUAAAAUACCCUACAUUUCAGCAAGGCUGUUUGCCAGAUGUCUUGCCCUGUUUUUAUUUUUAAUUUAAAUAGCAUUGAGUUGUAGUGAGUGUUCAGCAUAUUAAUGCCUGACUUAAAGGAUUAGCGGAAUUUGAAUGACUUGCAUUGUUUUAUUUAAUUACAGCUUUAUAGAAACGUAGAUACUUGCAUAAAGCCCAUCAUUGGAGCUAGGUAUGUUUGAAUGACAUAGCAAGAAGAGGACCAACGGAGUGAAAAUGCGCACAAUUUAAAUCUUACUCAAGAUGCUUUACUGUUCUGGGAAGAGAUGUUAUUCUCAGUGCAGAUUCUGCUCUUCCUCUGUUUGCUCUUAGCAUCUGUUUGUUUUCAUUAGUUUGAACUAAAAUAAGAAACAAAGCCCUCAGACUGGCUAGUUUCUGUCUCUAAUAUAUACACACUGUACUUGCUUUUAACCUCAUCUACUGCAUGUUGUUAAUGCUGUACGCAAAUGCAGUUGGAGUAUUUCUUUGGUGUUGUACAGCAUGAUGCAUUUCAUUCCCUUUUCUAGUUUAUCUCCCAUUAGCUAUAUAUUGCUUUACAACUGGAAAAAACUGAGUUUUUGGGAAUUGAGUCUGUUUGCAUAUAAAAAUCAUUUUUUUUUUCUGUGAGUCUUAUGAGAAAUGUCCUGCUUGGAGAGUCUCAGACAGUAUUUUCCUGUGUUUAUUCAUGUUACUUUGCUUUAUUUUAUAAGUGGAUAUUGAUUUCUGAUGUGUUGUUACACUUAAUGUUGAAUAAAUUUGACUUCCAUUUUGAAAAGUGAAA